AUGGAUGGGCUAAGGCACGCCGUGCACACGGCUUACGUCAAGGUGGCUGAGGCGACACUUGCACCCCUAAGCCAGUCCAAAUUCGAAGAGAAGCGGGAGUUCGUCGCGGCGGGGGACUACCUCACAAGCAGUUCCUUAUCACACGCAACGGUGAGCGGCGGCAGCGGCGGCGGCGGUGGCAGUGCAGUCGAAGCUGACGCGCCGCGCCGGCUUCGACAGCAGCAGCGUGGCGGCGGCGGUAGUGGCGGCGGCGGGGCGCAGCUGGCGGCACUGGCGCCAGUCAGCAGGGUCCCCUGCCUCAGCCGCGCGGCCGACUUGGAAAGAUACGACCCCCAGAGCGAGUUCGCCCUCGCCGGCGACGAGGACGGGUGGACCGCCACACACAGGGACCCGGGGACGGACGCGGCGGCUGCCGGCGGCGGCGGCGGCGACGACGAGGGUAUACCCUCGUUGGACGAGGAUGCUGAGGCAGCGGCGCCGGCGGCCGCGGCGGGCGGCGGUGACGACGACGGCAUCCCCGACAUUGAGGACCUCGACCUGGAGGACGGGGAUGAGGCCGCGGUGCCGUCGCGCCCGGCGACGGCGGCGGCGCCCGGCGGCGCGGAGGCCGCGGCCAGCGGCAGCGGGCGGGGCGCGGCGGGCGAGGGCUCGGCCAUCAGGCGGACGCGGACGUACGAUUUGUACAUCACAUAUGACCAGGCGCGCGCUUGGACUUAUUACCAGGUGCCGCGGUUCUGGCUUGUGGGGUACGACGAGGCGAGGCAGCCGCUGAAGCCAGAGCAGGUCCUUGAUGACGUCAGCGAAGACCACGCCAAGAAGACCGUGACGCUGGACCCCCACCCCCACCUGUCCGUCAGCGCCGCCUCCAUCCACCCCUGCCGCCACGCGGAAGUCAUGAAGAAGCUGGCGGACAACCUGGUGGAGGCGGGCAGGGAAUUCAGGGCCGACCAGUGA